AUGUUCAAGAAUAUUUAUGGAGAAGAUAAGUUUGUUGCAAGCAAAGGCUGGCUUUUCAAUUUCACAGAAAGGCAUGGACUUAGGCAUCUUAAAAUCUGCGUUGAGAAAUCAUCAAAUGAUGAAACUGCUGUAGCUCCCGUUCUGGCUAAACUAAGACAAGUAAUAGAAGCUCAUGAUCUCCAACCCCGGCAAAUUUAUACUGCUGAAGAGUCAGGCCUUUUUUGGAAGUUAUUGCCUGAUAAAACCUUCGUUCAAAGCAACGAAGCAAGAAAAUCAAGCAAAGAACGAAUCACCUUUCUAGCAUGCACAAACGGUGAUGGUUCUCAUAAACUUCGACCUCUUGUCAUUGGAAAAGCAAAGAAUCCAAGAGGAUUCAAGAACAAAGCUCUACCUGUGGAUUACGUCUCUAGUGAAAACGCGUCGAUGACUCCGGCAAUUUUUAAAACGUGGUUUCAAGAUUCCUUUUCGAAGCAAGUGAAAUCAUUCUUGAAAAAUCAACGUCUUCCUGAAAAAGCCUUAUUGUUGAUUGACAAUGCCCCGAGUCACUGCCCUGAGGAGGAAUUGAUUAGUGAAGAUGGACAUAUUUUUACAAUGUUUCUACCACCAAGAUCUACAGCUUUGAUACAGCCUAUGCAUCAAAAUGCUAUUAAAUCUACAAAACUGAAUUACCGAAAAAGUCUUUUAGCACAUAUUCUUUCGAUACUCGAAGAUGGAGAUGAUGUCGGUAAAUGUAUUGAGAGCAUAAAUCUUUUCGAUGCAGUUUGUUUACUCCAUAAUUCAUGGCAAAAAGUGACAACAAACUCUUCAGAAAAGUAUUGGCACGAACUUUUAUCAUGCAACUUACCCAAUUAUGAUCCAGAUGAUUUAAUUCCCCUGAACUUAUUACAGGAAAAAAUGCAGCAAAUAAACCAUGACUAUCAAGACAUUUCGAAUAUGUUGACAAAAAUUGAUGGCGAAGUUUAUUCAAAUAUUGAACUGAAUCAAUGGGUUGAAGAUGCUGAAAAAGUAAUGGAGGAUGGCUAUCUUGAGCAUGACACUAUAGAUGAUGACACCAGCAGUGACGAAGAAGUCGAUAUCAACCCAAACAAAAUCAAGCACGUCGACGCAAUAAAAUAUUUCAAAUUGGGAUUGCAAUGGGCAGAAGAGAAUAAUAUUGGAAUUACCGAUAUUCUGCUCCUGAAAAAUAUUCAGGAGAAAGCUGUAGUUAAGCAUUCUUCUACUCUAACAGUUAAAAAACAACAUGAAAUAUCUGAUUAUUCUGAGUAA